ACCGCUUACACACUAGGGCACUGCCCGUACAGACUUGCCAGCACACACGGAUUCCCAGUUCCAAGAUUGGGGUCUCUGCUUGCUCCCGGCCUUUCCAGGGCGAUAGUGUGCCCUUUUUCCAAUUGGGAAAGCUGGGAGCCAGCCAAAACUAGAGCGCGCGAUGGGAGGGAGCUGCACUCGGAGGAGCCGGGCCGGCCGGCCGCAGGUACUGUUUGCCUUCCUGCUGUCUUUGUUCUACUGCGCGCUCGGCGAGCCCAUCCGCUACUCCAUCCCCGAGGAGCUGGCCCAGGGCUCGGUGGUGGGGAACCUCGCCAAGGACCUAGGGCUCAGCGUCCGGGACGUGACAGCUCGGAAGCUGCGAGUUAGCGCUGAGAAGCUGCUUUUCCAUGUAGACGCGGAGAGCGGGGACUUACUCGUGAAGGACCGAAUAGACCGUGAGCAGAUAUGCAGAGAGAGAAGAAGCUGUGAGUUGCAGCUGGAAGCCGUGGUGGAAAAUCCUUUAAAUGUUUUUCAUAUCGUGGUGGUUGUUGAGGAUAUUAAUGACCAUGCGCCUCAAUUCCACAAAGAUAAAAUAAACUUAGAAAUUAGUGAAUCUGUCAGCCCCGGGGUAGGAACAAUUCUUGACUCUGCGAGAGAUCCUGAUAUUAGUGUAAAUUCAUUGAGCAAAUACCAAUUAAGUCUUAACGAGUAUUUCUCGUUGGUGGUGAAAGACAAUCCAGAUGGUGGCAAAUAUCCAGAAUUAGUAUUGAUGAAGUCUCUGGACCGAGAAACGCAGAGCGCACACCACUUGGUCCUGACAGCUUUAGAUGGCGGGAACCCGCCACGAAGUGGCACGGUGCAUAUCCAAAUUCAAGUGGUGGAUGCCAAUGAUAACGCACCUGUGUUCAGCCAAGAAGUGUACAAGCUCAGCCUUCACGAAAAUGUGCCCCCAGGCACCUCUGUGUUGAGGGUGAGCGCAAGUGAUCAAGAUGAAGGCUUCAACUCAGAGAUCACCUAUUCCUUUCUUGGUACUGCCGAUGAAGCCCAGCACGUGUUCCUUCUGGAUUCCACUACAGGGAAUAUUAUAACUCAUCAACCCUUGGAUUUUGAAAAAGUAGAAAGAUAUACCAUGGAUGUAGAAGCGAAAGACCGAGGGUCCCUCUCUACUCGGUGUAAAGUAAUUAUAGAAAUCCUAGAUGAAAACGACAACAACCCAGAAAUAAUCAUCACUUCUCUCUCUGAUCAGAUUUUGGAAGAUUCCCCUCUAGGAAUAGUUGUGGCUCUCUUCAAAACACGGGAUCAGGAUUCCGGAGAAAAUGGAGAAGUCACGUGUAAUUUAAGUAGAGAUGUUCCAUUCAAGAUUCAUUCUUCUUCUAGUAAUUACUAUAAGUUAGUAAUAGAUGGGGCCCUGGACCGUGAACAGACCCCGGAAUACAACGUCACCAUUACAGCCACUGACAGAGGCCAGCCUCCCCUCGCUGCCAGCACUACCUUCACUCUGUUCAUCACAGACAUCAAUGACAACGCGCCGGUUUUCAGACAGUCAACUUAUCUGGUCCAAGUGCCCGAAAACAACCCUCCAGGUACCUCUAUCGCCCAAGUCAGCGCCUCCGACCCCGACCUGGGACCCAACGGCCACGUCUCCUACUCCAUCGUGGGCAGCGACCUGGGGCCCCAGCCUCCCCUGUCGGCCACGGCCACGCUGCACCUGGUCUUCGCAGACAGCCUACAGGAGGCUCUGCCAGACCUCAGUGACCGGCCUGAGCCCUCAGACCCCCAGGCCGAGCUGCAGUUUUACCUGGUGCUGGCCUUGGCCUUGAUCUCCGUGCUCUUCCUCCUCGGUGUGAUUCUAACCAUAGCCUUGCGCCUGCGAAGCCCUGAUACUGGCGGCUGUUUUGGUUCUGCUCUCUGUUCCAAGUCUGGAGCAGAGAUUACCCACAACUACUGCGAAGGAACUUUGCCGUAUAUCUAUAAUAUGUGUGAACCGGGGAAUCAAACUAAUCUGGAUUUUAAUUUUCUCACAUCUGUUGAUCACUGUCCAGCCACAAAAGAUGUUCUCAACAAAGACAGUGUUUCAGUUCCGUCGGAUAGUAUUUUUACUCCUAGUAAUGAAGAAGACAGGAAGACUUUUAAGCAGGUAAGUAUUUAA